AAAAGGUCCCUGGCCUGGGUCGGCACAGCUUUCCCGGAACGAACCCCUCUAUUGCCACAAGGUAUCUCCGCGGAUCUUCCCGCAAAUCUACGUGUCCACAGUGCUAGGAACCACCAGAGCGGUCCUCUAAAAUCAGCCCAAUCCUCCCCAACGCAAGGCACCAGUCGACGCCAAAAUCCCGUCAUCCCUUUACAACACGACAUUGUACUGUCUUAA